UCUUAUCUUCGCAGCUGCGCGCCAUGUCUUACUGCACGGGCGACGCGCCCAUGGCGGCACUGCCACUCAAGCUCCACUUCGUGUUGGUGCCGCUCCUCGCGCAGGGCCACGUCAUCCCCAUGAUGGACAUGGCGCGCCUCAUCGCUGGCCGCUGUGGCGCGCGCGUCACCGUCGUCCUGACCCCUGUCCACGCAGCGCGCAGCAGGGCCGUCCUGGAGCACGCCGGCCGCGCUGGGCUCGCCGUCGACUUCGCCGAGCUAGAGUUCCCGGGGCCCGCGCUGGGCCUGCCCGAGGGGUGCGAGAGCCACGACAUGAUCAGGGACUACACGCAUUUCAGGCUGUUCUGCGACGCCAUGUCCCUGCUCGCCCAGCCGCUCGAGGCGUACCUCCGGGCGCUGCCGCGGCAGCCUGACUGCAUCGUCGCCGACUCGUGCAGCUCGUACCCGGCGGCCGUCGCGCGGAGGCUCGGCGUCCCGCGGCUGGUGUUCCACGGCCCGUCGGCAUUCUUUGUCCUCGCGGUGCAUAGCCUGGACAAGAACGGCGUGUACGACCGCGUCGCGGACGACUUCGAGCCGUUCGAGGUGCCGGACUUCCCCGUACACGCCGUGCUGAAUCGGGCAACGUUGCCCGGGUUCUUCCAGUCGCCGGGGCUAGAGAGGCACCGGCGCGACAUUCUCGACGCCGAGGCCACCGCCGACGGCCUGGUCCUCAACACGUGCGCGGCUUUCGAGGGCGCGUUCGUCCAGCGUUACGCCGAGGCGCUCGGCCUGAAGGUUUGGGCAAUCGGGCCACUCUGCCUCCUCGACUCCGACGCCGAAACCACGGCGGUGAGAGGUAAUCCUGCCGCCGUGGACAUCAGCCUCGUGGUGUCAUGGCUGGACGCGAGACCGCCCCAGUCUGUGCUCUACGUAAGCUUCGGCAGCGUCGUGCACUUGUUCCCGCCGCAGGUCGCCGAGCUCGCUGCCGGAUUGGAGGCAUCAAACCGGGCGUUCAUCUGGGUGGCCAAGGAGACCGACGUCCUCGACAUCGGUUUCGACGCGCGCGUAGAAGGGCGGGGCCUCGUCAUCCGCGGCUGGGCGCCGCAAAUGACCAUUCUGUCCCACCCUUCGGUCGGCGGCUUCCUAACGCACUGCGGGUGGAACUCCACGCUGGAGUCUCUCUCCAACGGCGUGCCGCUUCUGAUUUGGCCGCAGUUUGCCGACCAGUUCCUUACCGAGAUGCUAGUCGUGGACGUGCUCGGCGUCGGCGUCCGGACCGGCAUCAAGGUACCUUUCACGCACGUGAUCAGCAACCCCGAGAUGUCGAAAGUGCAGAUUAGGAGGGAGGCCGUGGAGAGAGCGGUGGUUGAGUUCAUGGACGAGGGGGCGGCGAUGCGGAUGAGGGCGAAGGAGCUCGCCGUGAUGGCGAGGGACGCAAUGGCAGAGGGUGGGUCCUCACACAGCGACCUGGCGAGCUUGGUUCGCCAUGUCGCCGAGCUCGUACAGCAAGAAAAAGAUCAUAGUGGAGGUUCGUGAAA